AUGUCAGAUCCGCAGUCGGCUCACCAUGGGCCCUCAACCAAAGGACCCUCCUCUGCGGGGACAGCAUCAACUCUGCAUGGCAACGAAUGGAUGCAGAAACUAGCUAGACUGUGUGGCCCCAGCGCUACCCUGCGCAAUUUGGGAACACCAAUGGCAGAAAUAGAGUCCAUGUUUGACUCUGUCUUCCCCCGAAACCCAGUCGAAACGCUUCGGGAUUUCCAGUCCGCUCAGCCCGUCAACGCGGUCCAGCUAUACGGCAGCAAUGAGGACAUAUUGAAUGCAUACUACAUUUUUAUACAUCCGUACUAUCCCAUUCUUCCUCCGCCUGAUCGUUUGCCUGUCAUCCACAAUCCAGCUGGGGUAGACCAUCCUGAUGGAUUCAAGCCGGCGAGUCCGCUCGCGCUAGCCAUCUCAGCCAUGGUGGCGCUGGUACCCCAUAAAGAUGUGAAAAAUCCUGCUAGACCAGAACAUGUCAAGAUACGAAGAGAGGUUGCGUUGCGAUUUGCCGAAGCUGCCUAUGCAGCUAUUGCUAAGGAUUACCAGCCGCUACGGGCUCCCGGCGGGUUCGAGGGCUCCUUGAGGGAUUCGAUCGGUCGGCCACCUUUUCAUUCCAAGCUCCCUGUGUGUCUGGAAGGUGUUAUUGCACUAUCUAUCCUAUGCUUCUACGAAUAUGGCCAGCAAGGGAAUCUCGAUAACACGGCAAGGCUAGCAAAUGAGGCGUUGGAGAUGGCCUUCAUGCUUGGACUGCAUGAAUCACUGGAGGAGAAUGAGUAUGCCUUAGCCCGCCGCAGGUCAUGGUGGUUUGUGUAUAUGGCCGCAAGCCAUAUGGCAACUGUGACGGGCACGCCGGCUCCAUUCGACGUGUACGAUCCUUCAUUCGUGACCCCGUAUCCAAAGGGCUGGAGGCUCCGAGUUGAAGCCCAACAAGCUUUAUAUGAAGCUGGCAUUUUUGCUGUUGAGCUUGACGAGACUAUACGACGUAGAGAGGAUGCCUCAUGGAUUCAAAAACGAAUGACCGAGCUUGAUACUCAGAUUACCUCACUGUUAUUCGAGUGCCGAGAUACGUUGUCGGCAUCUCAAGGCCCACAGCCAAAUUGCGUCGAAUCCGUGGCGUCAAGCGCUUUGAGAUCGUAUGCUGAGAUAAAACUGCACAGCGCGCGGAUCAAAUUGCACCGGUACUGUGCCUUUCAAGAUGUGCCCAUGUUUUCUGAACAGCCAGGUCUGCACCCAAUCUCGCCCACCAAUGGAAACAUAGGAAGUAGUGCAUCCUGUGUUAGGACCUUGCCACAACGACCAGCAUCGAUACAAGAGUUUGGCAUCCAGUUUCCCUUCUCAGCGCACACAUCCUCAGUAAUCUGUGUUCAUGCAGCCAUAAAUCUUGUGACUUUACUGGACAGCCUUCCAUUCCCCAACCCGACCAAUGAUGUUUCUCCGACCAAUCUACCGUACAUAUUCCAGAAUUAUGAGGUUCCUCGAGCCAUGCCCACUUUGAUCAGUUGCGCCAUGCAGGCGGGCUAUACGAUGCUGACCCUGAGUUGCAAAGCUAGACCUUUUGUGACAAAAGUGCCCGAGUUGGAAGCAGGUGACUUUCCCUUAGCAGGUCUGAGGAAUGAGCUGGAACAGAGCCUGCGAGUAGUGGCCAAGUUUUUGGCGAACCAUGCAAUUGCCUUUGAAGCAAUUCAAGGAAUGCGAGAUGAGAUGAUGGAAGCAAUAGAACGUGAAUUUAGCCAGGUUUGA